AUGACCGACUGGCUAAGCCCUAAGCACUCAAUAAUUUAUUUGGGUAUGUGUCCAGUAAUAGGAGAGGUACCGUGCUUCCGUGAAAAUAAAACAGGGGGAGAUAAGUUUGGAGACUCGGAGCUGCCAGCCGGCACUCCUCGCAGGCGUACUAAACAGCGACAAAGCCUAGAAAUGGCCAGCACGGAGUGGGGGUGGGCACGUGGUCUCAUCCAGGGCUUGGCACGGUUGCGCCAGCAGUG